UACCUUUGCUGUGCAUGUUCUAUGAACUGGCGGAGGGGCAAGUGAACCGAUAUUCACAACAUGUUGUCACGAAAAGCUAGUUCAUCAAUAGCUUCUUGACUCGAGACGUAACAAUAUUAUCAAAGACUGCGUUUCUGUGUCGUAAACAUGCAUUUGAUCCUACCAGAAAUAGAAGACUCAGAGCAGAUUCUGGAUGCGCAUUACCAAUACAGGAAGUUAUGGCGGCAAGAGAUGGGCGUCGAGUGUCCGUUGCUGCACGCAGUGAAAUGCAAUCAAAGCAAAUGCGCGAAGCCAAAUUGCGAUGAGAGGAAGAAAAUGCUCGAGCAGCACGCGGAAAGGAUGAUGGUGUGCAAGCGCAACGUCGGGGAGGUUUGCUGCAACGAUUGCGCCAUUAUAGAACGUGCCACUGUCGACCAUGCAACAUUUUGUAGACUUAUCGAUUGCCCUGUACCCAAGUGCAACAAGAUUAAAGCACAGAAGCUGUUAAUGCGCAAAAUACGCCAAAAUCAAAGAAACGUGGUUGCAAGGAAACGGCAAAAAUCCAACCAAGAUUAUUCGGAAAGUUCAUCCGACACAGAUAUCGAGGAUUAUGAGGAUGGUUACUACGUAUACGAGUCUAAUCAUGUAGGCUUGCAGCAAGGACAACAAUUUCCUUCUGAAGAAGACAGUGAAGAUGAAGAUGAACACGGUGAAUCAAUGAUGCAUGAUAGAAAUAACAACGAGUCUCAAGAAGGAAAGCGAGCUUUAUUAAUUACUGAAAUUAUAAAUGCCGUUUACAAGACAAACUUUAAUGAGUGGCGCUCUAUGAUGGAUAAUAACGAUAAUAAAGCGCGUUCUCGAGUGAUGAAGAAACUUUUAGACGCUUUUAAUGAAGCAGGAGUUUUAAAUCAUUUCCCCCAAGACACAUCUGACGAGGAGAUUUACAGCGACGAAUACGAUGGUUAUGAAUGA